AUGGCUCCCCUGGCGCUGGCCCUCCGCCCGCUGCUCCGCUGCAAAGACUGCCUGGUCCUGGUGGGCACCCCCCUGGCCUUCAUGCCGCUGCCGCUUCUGGUGCCCACGCCGGAGGCCCGGUGCGGCUACAUAAUCAUUAUCAUGGCCGCCUAUUGGUGCACAGAGGCGAUGCCUUUGGCAGUCACGGCACUGCUGCCUGCUGUCUUGUUUCCGCUGUUCGGCAUCCUGGAAUCCAAAAAGGUGUGUAUGCAGUACCUGAAGGACACAAACAUGCUUUUUGUUGGGGGCCUGAUCAUGGCCGUGGCCGUGGAACACUGGAACCUUCACAAACGGAUUGCGUUGAGGGUGUUGCUGACCGUUGGUGUGAAGCCUGCUCUCUUAAUGUUGGGCUUCAUGGGGGUCACAGCCUUCCUGUCAAUGUGGAUCAGCAACACGGCCACCACCGCCAUGAUGGUUCCCAUCGUCCAGGCGGUCCUAGACCAGAUGAACAGCUCUGAGCAGGAUGCAACGUUCUCAGAGUCCGCUCUUGGACACGUCAACCCAAGCGGUGAACAGGAAAAUAAAACCACUGUGGCAGUGUCGCCCAUGCAAGUCAUAGGCAAUGGGUACCUUCCUGACCACACCAGAGAGGAAGAUGAACGAGCAAAGAAACUGAUCAACAAAGGGAUGACGCUCUGUGUGUGCUACGCCGCGAGCAUCGGUGGGACAGCUACUCUGACCGGGACGGGGCCAAAUCUGGUGCUGAAAGGCCAGAUGAACCAAUUGUUCCCUGAUAACGGUGACAUCUUGAACUUUGCCUCCUGGUUUGGAUUUGCUUUCCCCAACAUGCUCCUGAUGUUGAUAUUGGCUUGGUUUUGGCUCCAGUUUUCCUUCAUGGGAUUCAAUUUUAGGAAGACUUGGGGCUGUGGAACCCAAAGGACCGAGAAAGAGAAGGCUGCCCUCAAUGUGUUGAAGGCGGAAUAUAACAAGCUAGGCCCCAUCUCCUUUGCAGAGAUCAGCCUGCUCCUGCUUUUCACACUACUGGUCGUCCUUUGGUUUACAAGAGAUCCCGGCUUCAUCCCAGGCUGGGCCACCGUCGCCUUCAAUAAAGACAAAGAGUAUGUGACGGAUGCCACAGUGGCCAUCUUUGUUGCCCUGCUGCUGUUUAUCGUUCCUUCCACCAAGCCCAGAUGUGGUUUCGGCUGCCAAAGAAACUCUGAUCUAGAAGAGGCAAAGGAAGCUCUGAAGGAACCAUUUCUCCCACCCCCAUUGCUGGACUGGAAGACGGUCCAGAACAAGAUGCCCUGGAGCAUCGUGAUUCUGCUGGGGGGAGGCUUUGCCCUGGCCCACGGAAGUGAGGCUUCAGGGCUGUCCAAAUGGCUGGGCGCCCAGAUGACCCCGCUGCACACAAUCCCUCCCUGGUCCAUUUCCAUCAUUCUGUCUCUCGUCAUUGCUGUUUUCACCGAAUGCACCAGCAACGUGGCCACAGCAACCCUCUUCUUGCCUGUUUUUGCAUCUUUGUCCCAGUCAAUUGAAGUCAACCCCCUCUACAUCAUGGUCCCUUGCACGCUCAGUUCUUCCUUUGCCUUCAUGCUUCCUGUGGCCACUCCUCCAAAUGCCAUUGUCUUCUCAUAUGGCCACCUCCGCGUCUCAGACAUGGCAAAAACUGGAAUUGUGAUGAACAUUAUUGGAGUCCUUUGCGCAACUCUGGCCAUUAACAGCUGGGGCCGUGCCAUGUUCCACCUGGACACGUUUCCAUCCUGGGCAAACGCCACAGUGGGGUAACAAAGGCCAAGA